UACCAGCCAACCAGAACGUGGCAAGUCAGUCAAGUUCAAGUAAAGGAGUGUAGAAGCGAAGUAAGAAAAAAAACAUUUAGAGAAUAAUGCGUGACUUGUGAUGAGCUGUGCAAAUCAUUUAAUGCAAACGUUUCUAUAACGAGCACAGUAUUUAUUCAUUUGAAUACCGGUAGCAGUGUAUGAAUCUCGGUUUAACCAAUCAAGCUAUCUAAAGGAGGCUUAAGUAUUAGAUAAGAUAUCAUGAAGAAGAUAACCCUUCUGUUGAUUGUGCUGCUUGGAUUGACACAUUUCAUAUUGCCAAGCCGAUGCGAAGAAGAAGAUGCCAAAGAUGAUUCAGCAGAUGAUCUUGGAGAGGAUGAUGAUGAUGAUGCAGAUGACACAGAAGUAAAGGAGGAGAAUGGAGUGCUGGUUCUGACAGAUGAAAACUUUGACACCUUCAUAGAGGGCAAAGACACCGUACUGGUGGAGUUCUAUGCACCAUGGUGUGGCCACUGCAAACAGUUCGCUCCCGAAUAUGAGAAGAUUGCUCGGACACUAAAGGAGAACGACCCACCGAUUCCUGUGGCAAAGGUUGAUGCCACUAAGGCUAGUGCACUGAGCAGUAAAUAUGAAGUGUCUGGAUAUCCCACAUUCAAAAUACUCAAAAAGGGGGAACCGGUGGACUAUGAUGGGGACCGAAGUGAGCAUGCCAUUGUGGAACGAGUUAAAGAAGUUGCCCAGCCAGACUGGAAACCUCCUCCAGAGGCCACCCUAGUCUUGACAAAGGAUAAUUUUGAUGAUGUGGUGAACAAUGCAGAUAUCAUUCUAGUGGAGUUCUAUGCGCCCUGGUGUGGCCACUGUAAGAGACUUGCACCUGAGUAUGAGAAGGCUGCUAAAGAGCUCAUCAAUCGCACUCCUCCUAUUCCACUGGCUAAAGUUGAUGCCACCGCAGAAAGUGAUUUAGCGACACGGUUUGGUGUUUCUGGCUACCCAACUCUUAAAAUAUUCAGAAAGGGCAAGGCUUUUGACUACAAUGGACCACGGGAGAAGUUCGGUAUUGUUGACUACAUGUCAGACCAGGCUGGUCCUCCGUCAAAGCAGGUGCAGACUCUAAAACAGGUUCAGGAGCUUAUCAGAGAUGGCGAUGAUGCUGUGAUUGUAGGCGUUUUCUCCAGUGAAGAAGAUGCAGCAUAUGAGAUCUAUCAAGAAGCAUGUAAUUCUCUAAGAGAUGACUACAAAUUUAUGCAUACGUUCAAUAAUGAAGUCAAACAAUUCCUCAAAGCUUCACCUGGACAAGUAGUCAUGCUCCAGCCAGAGAAGUUUAGGUCUAAAUAUGAGCCAGCAUCUCAUUCCCUAACAAUUAAAGACUCCACACUUGCUUCAGAAGUUCAAGAAUUCUUCAAGAAACACAUACUACCUUUGGUUGGACACCGAAAACAGAGCAACGAUGCAAAGAGAUACACCACACGACCUCUUGUGGUUGUUUAUUACGGAGUAGACUUCAGUUUUGAUUACAGAGUUGCCACACAGUAUUGGAGGAGCAAAGUGCUUGAAGUAGCAAAGGACUUUCCAGAGUACACAUUUGCUAUCGCGGAUGAGGAAGACUAUGCUGAUGAAUUGAAGAGCCUUGGACUCAGUGAAAGCGGCGAGGAGGUGAAUGUUGGCAUUCUCGGUGAGGGAGGGAAGAAAUAUGCUAUGGAUCCAGAGGAAUUUGACACUGAUGUGCUCCAAAGCUUUGUCAUGGCCUUUAAAAAAGGUAAGCUGAAACCUAUUGUAAAGUCUCAGCCUAUUCCCAAGAGCAACAAAGGACCUGUGAAGGUUGUGGUGGGCAAGACUUUUGAUGACAUUGUAAUGGAUACAAAGAAAGACGUCCUUAUCGAGUUCUAUGCACCAUGGUGUGGCCACUGUAAAAAGCUGGAGCCAGAUUACACCGCUCUCGGAAAGAAAUACAAGAAUGAGAAGAAUAUUGUCAUUGCCAAAAUGGAUGCCACUGCUAAUGAUGUGCCUCAUGAUAGUUAUAAAGUAGAAGGUUUCCCUACAAUCUACUUUGCUCCCAGCAACAAGAAGCAGAACCCAGUCAAAUUUGAAGGCGGCAAAAGGGACGUGGAGGAAUUGAGCACAUUUGUGGAAAAACAUGCCACAAAGUUAACACACAAAAAAGAUGAGCUCUAAGAGAUUUAGAGAAACCAUGAACUUUGUACAAAUGCAGUUCCACGAGAAUGGAAGCCUCCUGGAGGGCUUGGUGACAUUCAGAAAAGAGAUUGUUUUGAUUUUUGUACUUCCUUUUGCUUCUGGGAUCAAAACAUUCAGUAUUUUCAUUCCAAACCAAGCACUGUUUAUUAGGUUUAUUUCUCCCAAAUAUUUUAAAUAAAAUAAUGUAAAAACA